AUGGAUGGGGAGGAGGAGAACGUCGGGCCGUUCCGCCGGACCAGCGCCCGCACGCGCCGCAUGGCCACGCGCAUGGCGUCCGCGCUCGCCAGCUCCGACAACCGCGCCCAGGCUGCAUUAGCUCGCCUUGAAGCUCUUGAGAGCGAUAAUGCCGGGGUUGAGGUGGUAGAUCUUAAUGAUGAUGAGUACGGAUCCACGGAUGAGGAAGACCCUGUCCUCAUGCAAAAGAAGCAGUCCAAGAUUAUGAAACGCAAGACAAGGCAAGGGAAAGCUUUGGAGAAGAGGGCAGCAAGAUCAUUCAUGGAUGUCUUACAAGAAGUAAGCAAAUCUGGAAUCCCUGCCUCCUCAUGUCCCAACAUAUUUGAGGGCUUCUGUGGGUCCACCAAGCACUUCAUCUCGACGGCACUACUGUUCAGUCUGUGGUAG